ACUUUUCCUUCUCGUCGACUGCUUUGCUUUGCCUCCCUCCUAUCUCUCUCUCUGCUACUUUGCGUCUCUGCAACUACGUCUAAAGAAUCUCUCUCAGAAUAAACGAAGGAAGAUUGAAGAAAGAAGAAACCCUAAUCCUAUUAAUAAAUGAAUAAGGAGAUGACAAGAAACGGGGACCGAUGAGGAGUCACGAUGGGGAAUCGGAUUUGCAGGAAGAGUACGGUGGAGGAGCGGUUCACGAGGCCGCAGCGACUCGUUCGGAACCCGUCCAAUGUCGACUACAAGAAGCUCCGGAAGCUCAUUCUCUCCCAGAAGCUAGCACCUUGCUUUGAUGGCGUCGAGGAUUCUAAUAAUAAUCCUGAUCUCGAAGAAUGCCCGAUUUGUUUCUUCUAUUAUCCGAGUUUGAAUCGGUCGAGAUGUUGUAUGAAGGGUAUUUGCACCGAGUGUUUUUUGCAGAUGAGGCCUUACAAUGCUAUGAGUUCAGCUCAGUGCCCAUUUUGUAAAACUCCAAGCUAUGCUGUUGAGUACCGAGGUGCCAGGACACAGGAAGAAAAAGGCCUAGAGCAAGCUGAAGAACAGAGAGUAAUUGAGGCCAAAAUAAGAAUGCAGUUGCGUGAAUCACAAAAUACUGAACGACUUAUCCUGGGCAACCAAAAUUCUUCUUUGGAAGUCCAACCUUCAGCCAUAGGCUCCCGGCAAUUGUGCAAUGUUGCAUCUGCUGAUAUUGACUUACAAUGUUUUGGUGGAUUGCAGGACAUAAACAACACAGGUCUAUCUUUUGUGGGUGGAGGAAUCCAAGUUGUUGGAUCUCCUGGAAAUGCAUGGAGUGGAAGGUAUGAUGAAUUUGAUAUAGAUCUUGAAGAAAUAAUGAUGAUGGAAGCUAUAUGGCAAUCUAUUCAGGAUAGUAGACUACUUGGUGGUACAGCUAAUCAAUCUUCAGGAUCAAUUGGCACAGUUGGUGAAUUCUAUAUCUCAAACCAAAGUGAGUCAUCUUUGGCAGUAGUUGGCCAAACAGGAGUACCUACUUCGGAUUCAGUAACCAGUGCAGUUGCAGUUGCCAUUGCAAGUCUGGCAGAAGAUAACACUUUUCAUUCAGAAGGCCCUCAAUCAAUUCGAGAUAAUAGCGAGGUCAACCAAGGGGAAAAUCAAAAUGCUGUAGUAGGAAACCAGAGCUGUAUGCUUGGGACCACAUGCUGUGGUGCAGACUCACCUGUUAACUCUGACAAGGAGGCAGAAUUUGAUGAUACAGAGUCAGAAAAUUGCUGUCUGGUAAACCGUUGUUCCAUGACUGAGGAUGAUUCCCAGGGAUCAAUCUCUGCCUAUCCUCUAAAUGUAAGUCAAUGCUCAUCAGAGGGGUUCAUCUCCGAUGAAGAUCCAACGGCAGAGGAGGCUAAUGAUGUUGAAUCCUCCUGUUUAAGCAGUCUUCACACAAUCUCAGAUUCAUCAUGUGAAAGCACAAGCACUUCUAACAUUGGUGGGAGCCCUAGCUAUUUGUCGCAUUCAGGCCCUACCACAAUUGAAAGGCAGCUUAGACCAUUUUCCAACUUCUGUUCAUUAUCCUCUCACACAUUCACACUUUCAUCAGACACCUCAUAAAUGAAACAUAAGGUGAGAUCAUGCACAGUAGGUGGAAUCGUGACAUCAUGGUGUUUGAAUAGUUUUUGCUACCAAUCAAUGCUAUCCAAUGAUAGCCAGAAUCCAAGUACCUAGAGCAGGCGUGAUCAUAAAUUUUCACUUUUAUGAACUUUUGGCCCUAUUCAUUCUGUAGGGUCAACUCCUAUUGCUUCCUGUGAUCAAUCAUACAAGCAUAAAACAGGGGAAGGACUUGAUAUUUAGUGCAGAUUGUACGAUAAGGUGUGUGGGUUGUGCUUGUGCAUUUAUACAAUCUUGAUAUGUAUACAAGUAGUAGUCCCAGCCUCCCAGUUCUCAAAAUAACUUUGUGAACCAUAAAAUUGGUGAUGCUUAGUGAUCGUCUUUGGUUGCAGAUGAAGGGGAAGUUGGAAAUAUGGAUGGAAACUAUUAGAUAUUCUUACCACUUAAAAUGAUGUUCUUGAUCACCAUGUUAUGGCAGCAUUUAAAUUUUCUGAUUGUAUUUCAA